UUUUUUUUUUGGAGCUAGGUUAUAGCUGACUUUAUCUUCCUAACUACCCAGCCCCCGCCGCGGAUGUGUCUGUGCCCCAGCUCUCUCUCUCUCAUGGACACCACGAUGUUUCAGCUCAGGUCGUUCGUCCAUCAGCGGCUGUACACGGCGGCGGAGGAGAUCCUCGGGGAGGUGGAGAAAACCAUAACGUUAGCUCUGUACGAAGCCGAAGUUAGUCGAUCUAAAGAGGAGGUUGAAAGUCUGCGACACCAGCUAGACCUCCUGCGAAAGAGACCAGCUGAAGAGUCUUCAUUGACCAGCGGCACAGUGGAACAUGGAGACAAAUGUGAAGGCCCACUGUUGCAGGAGAACCCAGGACCCUCAACACCAGAAGAUUCUACCUUCAGUCUGAGCGCUGACGCCCCGGGACCCUCUCAAACCAGCGCAGAUAUGGAUAAUAAUAACUGGAAAUGCUGCUUGGUUGAGACAGAUUUCAAGAUGUCUCAGAUAAAACAGGAACAGGAGGAACUUGGGGAUGACAGUCAAACACAGGAGAUUGUUUUUCCUUCUCCUGAAGUUGUAAAAAGCGAGCAAGAGCAGCCAGAGACACAAGCGUCCUAUGAAAUGCAGCCAGUUUCUUCUGACUGCUCCGCGGCCCAGAGUGAGGACAAUAACGACGAUGAAGACGAGUCGGUGACCAGCAAAGGAGAACAGACAAAAACGAUGAAACGGGGAGGAAAGAUAGAACAAAGUGGCAGCAUUGAUAAGAAGGUCCAAACAGCAAUGCGGUAUGACAAAUGCUCCGAUAAAAACGAAAAGGGUCGCAGUUUUUGUCAUUUGUGUGGAAAGGGAUUCCAGUACAUCGGCUCUUUGAUGAAGCACAUAAAAACACACGAGAACACAGUUGAUUGCACCGUUUGUGGGAUGGCAUACCAGUCCACAGAAGAGCUGAUAACUCAUCUGAAAAGUUGUCACAACAAAACACAUUUUUGCGACGUUUGUGGCAAGACUUUUGCCAAUAACCGCUGUCUCCGGCUGCAUGAGAGAAUACACACAGGCACAAAAGAGUUCAUGUGUCAAGAAUGCGGCAAAACGUUUUACCGAAGAGAGCAUUUGACUGUGCAUGUGAGGACCCACUCUGGGGAGAAACCAUAUCACUGUGAUGUUUGCGGAAAAGCAUUCAGUCAGAGCCAGAACCUUACAAUUCAUAAAAGAAGUCAUUCAGGGGAGAGACCGUAUCAGUGUGGCCUGUGUGGCAAACUUUUUAACACUAGUAGUCACCUUAAAACGCACAUGAGAUACCAUUCAGGAGAAAAACCGUACCAAUGUGAUAUUUGUGGUAAACGUUUUAGCCAGAGCGGACAGAGGAGCAGACACAGGACCACGCACACAGGAGAGAGGCCGUAUGCCUGCCAUGUUUGUGGUAUGAGGUACAGGUUUGCACCUAAUCUUAAGGUGCAUCUGCAAACUCAUGAAAAGCCAGCCGCUGAGUGACAGCCGUUAACGAGAUGGACAGAUAGCAUUACUCACCUGUUGGCCAUUAAUGACUACAAAGCAAAUUUACUUAAAGGUUAUAUAUAUAUAUAUACGAAACUCGCCGCUACUACUAUAUUUUGCACUAGACCAUCUCAGCCUCUCAGACCAAAACAAAUGGGUGCUACAGUCCACCAGACUCCAUAGACAAAACAAAUACUUUUACCUUGCAGGUGAUCAUAAAACUCACCCAAAUGUCUUUGUUCGUCUUUCCAACAAUCAACCUUUAAUUCCAGUUAGGUUGCUAUGGCUGCCAUGUAAUGCGCCCGUUAAAUUACGGCCACUGAAAGUGCUUGUUCUUGACACUGACUGUCAGAUUGUUAUUCUAAUUGUCUGGAAACAUUAUGGAAAAAAUCCCUACAGAGAUAGACAAUUUGUUCCACCAGAAACAGCCAUAAAAACGCCACCAGACUCCAUAGACAAAAACGGUAAUUUUAACUCGCAUUUCAUUGUAACAUUUUAACUUCAUUCAAAGUGGACAGGAACAAAAUAAAACUCACCGAAACCAUCUUUACUAGUCUUUCCACUGUUACAACAAUCAGCAACUUAGGUUGAAGUCACCGUCGUAGAUAUUGUCAUUCGCUCUCCUCAGUUGGGAACACAGGGACUCACAAGCACUAACAUGCAUGCAUGACCAGACCGCCUUUGUAAAAAAAAAAAAAGCACAGACAGGCUCAGGACACCUUGACUCUAUAAUGUCUUUAGAUAGCAAAUAGUUGUUUGCUGUGAUAUUAAUGUUUUUGAAUCUCAUCCAUUUAAGUUCCUGCCAGCCGUUUCAGAACGUUUAGAACGUUUUGUUCGAUUUGGCACAUGUCAUGUAGCUACUGGGCUCAGUACAUUCUAAGAUACUUGAGAUAAUUCAUCUCACCAUGAACAUUUAGUGACCUUCGUCUAUCUACAGAUUAACGUCGGGCAGAGCUGACAUGGAAAUAUGUUGAGGUCAUUAUAUUUCCAUAUGUAUUUAUAACCAGUAAACAUUUUAAGUUGUCAAAAAUUGACCCUGCCUCUUUCUGAUUUCUGAUUGGGAAAUUGCAUAGCUCUGCAAUGCCAGUUUAAGAGACAGGGUGCGACAGAGUUUUUAUUCAGCAGAUAUUAACAACCGCAUGGCAAAAUAGUAGGAAGGAUGCUGCUUGGCUGUAGUGUGUGUGAAGACAAUGACAGAGAUUAAGGACGUAAAAUCUGUAUAAUUUACUGGCUACACCAUAAGGGGGAAAUUAGACAGAUGCCCACACAGUCUAGUCAGGCGAGACAAGUGAAAACACCUGUGUAGGUGUACCAUUGGUGUGCAGGGCCUUUGAUAAGUUCAACAAAACUAAUGCACACACAGUGUUGACAUCAGGUCUAAUAAAACAUCUGUGUGGGUGUUUUAACUGCUAGAAAUUAGCAAUGUUAAGAGAUCUAUGGGUACUCCAAUACUCCACAAGGGAGACAUUCAUUGUGAAAUAUUAGCAAACAGUUUUAGUUCAGUGAUGGCAAGAAUGAGAAUUAGAUAGAUCUACCAGGCAGACAUUUACACACUGAUUGUCUGCACUUAGCUGAUGGUGUUAAAUUGAUGUCAUCUAGGCUAUGCAUCUUGUGCCAAGGAUUUUUUUCUCCCCUGAACAUGCAAACACAUUUGUGACAAUGUGAAUGUCCUGUUUUUUAUAAGUUAGAUUUAUUAACUAUUGGAAAACCAUAACCUGACAUAACUAAAUCCAUAAUAAUUCCCUUUAGGUUUCUGUUCAUAUGACUGAAACUGCUGAAAUACCAAGAAGCUUAUCUGAUCCCUAUAGGUAAGACCAAUUAAACUUUGACCACCACAGUGCAAUACAUUUCAUGUAUGCAUUUUUGUAUAUUGUUCUGUGUAAUGUCUUCUUAUGGUGAAACCAAGUUUCCACAUUGGGGACAAUAAAGUUUAAUAUCCUGUCAUAUCACA